AUGCAAUUUUUCAGUUGCUUCGGUUGUGGAAAAGGACUUGAUCGGAAAAAGAAGGUGAAAGCUGAACAAUCAUGGAGGAUAUUUUCACUCAAGGAACUUCACGCAGCCACAAACAGCUUUAAUUAUGAUAACAAACUCGGCGAAGGCCGAUUUGGUAGUGUGUAUUGGGGUCAGCUUUGGGAUGGAUCUCAAAUUGCAGUCAAGAGACUCAAGGCAUGGAGCAACAGAGAAGAGAUAGAUUUUGCUGUAGAAGCCGAGGUUCUCGCCCGUAUUCGCCACAAGAAUCUAUUGAGUUUACGAGGUUACUGUGCAGAAGGACAAGAACGGCUCAUUGUCUACUUGCACCAUUUUGCAACACCUCGAAUAGUCCAUGGAGAUGUGAGAGCAAGCAAUGUGCUGCUCGACUCUGAGUUUGAAGCUCGGGUUUCGGAUUUCGGAUACAGUAAAAUGAUGCCAGAAGAUGGAGCUGCUAAAACCACCAAGAAUGGUAUUAAUAAUCUUGGGUAUCUCUCACCGGAAUGUGUUGAGUCAGGGAAAGAAUCAGACCUGGGAGAUGUGUAUAGCUUCGGUGUUGUUUUGCUUGAGCUUGUAACUGGUAAGAGACCUAUAGAGAAGCUAAACCAAACAACGAAACGGGGUAUAACCGAAUGGGUUUUACCUUUGGUUUACGAUAGAAAGUUUGGUGAGAUUGUGGAUCAGAGGCUAAACGGGAAGUUUGUAGAAGAGGAGCUGAAGAGAGUGGUUUUGAUUGGGCUUAUGUGUGCUCAGAGUGAGCCAGAGAAGAGACCGACAAUGUCUGAAGUUGUGGAGAUGCUAAUGAAUGGGUCCAAGGAGAAAAUGUCUUAUCUUGAAGCUCAUACACUCUUCAACAGAAGCAACGGAAGAAAUGUUAUAAACGAAAGCUCAGAGAUCAUUUCUGAAGAAGAGGACCAUCAAAAACAAGAACAAGAAUAG